AUGAUCGCCUCUAGAGAUAAAUCUCUCUAUUCUAAUAAAAUGGGGAUAAUGUACGAAAAGCGGCCGCUAAAGAGGCCUCGCUUGGGCCCUCCUGAUGUAUAUCCUCAAGAACCUAGGCAAAAAGAGGACGAGCUUACAUCUACUAACGUUAAACAUGGUUUUUCUACUACGCCACAAUCAAGUGAUGAAUUCGGCACUGCCAGAAAUUUCAACUAUUCUGCCUCAAAGAUAGGGCAAUUUUUCUCAAGUAUACUAUCAAAGAAAGAGGAACUCAAUACUCUGCCAGAUUGUGGAAGAAAGAGGCAGCAAGUAAAUCCUAAAGACAAUUUUUGGCCAGCUACGGCUCGUACCAAAGCCCAAAUAGAAGCUUGGUUUAAGGAUUUAGCAGGCAGCAAACCGCUGUCACUGUUGGCUAAAAAAGCACCAAAUUUUAACAAGAAAGAGGAGAUAUUUAUCACUCUCACAGAAUAUCAAGUUGCAAUGCCAAGGGCUGCUUGGUUUAUUAAGCUAAGCUCGGCAUAUACUGUAGCAGUUUCAGAGGCAAAGAUUAAGAAAAGGCAAUUACCUGAUCCUACCACAGAAUGGACAACCACAUUGAUAAAAUUUUUAAAAGAUCAAAUACCUAAGUUAGCAGAGCACUAUCAAAGUGCAAUUCCUGGCAAUCCAUCAGAGAAGACACCACCUUCCCAGUCAGGCCAGGGAACCCCUAGUCACAAUUCAUCUGGUAAUCAGCCAGGUGGCUCCACUCCUAACAGCUCAACUGUGCCAAAUUCAAUGCACUCACCAGGAAUUUCUUCCACCUUAAGUUCCGGUGAUACCACAGAUUGGCGACAAGCCCUUAAGCUGUGGAACUAUUGCUGUCGUCUUGCAAGAUACAUGCUAGAUGAGGGUUUGCUAGAUCGACAUGAUUUCCUCACCUGGAUCAUAGAACUUCUUGACAAACGGGCACCAGAGGAUGGUCUUCUGAGGUUGUUUCUGCCGCUGGCCCUUCAGCAUAUGGGCGAGUUUGUGUGCUGCGAAAGUCUGUCGCGUCGCCUAGCAACCACGUGCGCGAAAAAAGCCGCCGUCAUCUGCUCAGUGCUCUCCGACACGACACUGCGCACACUCAACCAGCCUGCAGUGUUCGCGAAAAACCUCGAAGGAAAUGGUAAGCCGAAUGGCGUCCCGAUGUCACCGGCGGCGGAGAACACCAACGGCGACGUGAAGCCAAACAUUAAUCAGAUCAAACGUUCAGCCACUCCCGCCGAUCAGAGCCAGGGCACACCGAACCCGAGUCAUUCCAUCGGGACACCCAAUCCAAUGGGCACACCCAAUCCCACGCAGCCGAUGGACGUGCAAGUAAAGGAAGAGAACGGAUCACCCCCCAGGGAUACGAAGACUGCACUCAACACUGUGAUAACGGCAGCCCUAAACCCUGUCCAAGUUGGGUUUGGUGAAAUUUUGAACUGUGCCUAUCACAGAGAUAUCAUCAUUCAGCUAGCCAGUAUAUUACAGAUUAUUUGCAUUGAGUGCCCCACUGCCAUGGUUUGGUCUGGCUGCAACUCUUCUAUGCAAGGCUCUCCUCUCGACUUGCUACCGCUGCCACCGUCGGCUUUGCCCAUGCCGCACAUGGAUUCGCUUAUAACGGAACAUCAUAGAAAAAUGGUCUACGAAGCAGAGCAAGAAAUUGCUGCGAGGAGUAAGAAAGCCGAAAGCAAAUGGUGCACAGAUAAAUGGCAAACAAGUUCUCAAGCACGUGUCUUAGCUGUUCUCGAGGCUUUAGAUCGACAUUGCUUCGACCGCGUCGAUCCAAACAACAAUCUGGACACUCUAUACAAAGAAGUAUUCGCUAACUGUACACCUCCUUCCAAAGACUCACCUACUGAUACCAAAGAUCCGGAGUGGGCGUGCUCGUACGCGGUGGUGCGCGUGCUGUGCGAGUGGGCCGUUUGCGGGGCGCGUUGGGGCGAGCACCGCGCAAUGGCGGCCGCCGCGCUCCUGGACCGUCGCCAGCAGCUGCUGCACCUCCACCACGACCACCACGCGACCGGUUCUGAUGACAAAGAGUCUAUCAGCUCGGGCACCGGACUCUACAACGGACCGCCGAUUUUCCAAAAUCUCUUGCUGAGAUUUCUGGACAACGACGCCCCUGUAUUAGACGAGAGCCCGAACGCACCACCGGGAAACAGGCAGCAGUUCGCGAAUUUGGUGCACCUCUUCGGCGAGCUCAUCCGCAGGGACGUGUUCUCGCACGAUGCUUACAUGUGCACGCUGAUAUCGAGAGGCGACCUGAUAUCGCCGACGGAGCCCGCGUCCAGCAGCGGCCACACCGUCGCCCCGCCGGCCAACAGCUCCGGCACCAACCACAACAUGGACGACGACAUAUUCGCCGGGAUCGAUCUCAAACCGAAGAUGGAGGAAAACGUGCGCAUGGAUUUAGAUGACUCUAAAAUUGACGACGACCUCGAUAAAUUGCUGCAACAUAUAAAAGAAGACCAGCAGAACUCUAUGGAUGCGCCCGAUAGUCCUAAGGAUCCUGGGGAACCAUCUCACGGUGUGAACUCUCCAAUGAUGGGACCGAGUGGUAUGAGCAUUGCUAGCAUGCAGAGCAUGGGCAUGGGGCCAAUGUCCGUACCAGGGAUGCGCAGCGGCAGCGCGUGCGGCGGCGCCGGCGGGGGAGGGAUGGCGGGGGGGCACGUGGGCGGCGGCGGGGCGGGGGGUGCCCCCCCCUCGCGCCACUACCACUACACGAUGCACUUCCCCCUGCCGCCCGCCGAGCCGGACCACACACCGCACGACGCCAACCAGCGCCACAUCCUGCUCUACGGCGUCGGACGCCAGCGCGACGACGCCAAACACGCCGUCAAGAAGAUGACCAAAGAAAUCUGCAAAUUAUUCUCUAAGAAGUUUUCGAUCGACGUAGCGGAAGGGGGGAAAAUAAAGAAGCACUCUCGGAGCGAAUUUAAUUUUGAGGCUGUCACUCAUAAGUUUCAGGCGAUGUCGAUGUACGAGCAGGGCGCCGUCUCGUGGGCGGUGGGCGGCGCCGUGUGCGAAGCACUAGCGGCGUACGCGGCCGCCGCCACCACCUACCUGCCGCAGCCGGAGCACGUGGCCUUCGCGCUCGACCUCAUGGAGAUCGCGCUCAACGUGCACGGCCUCAUCGAGACAUGCAUACAGAUACUAAAAGAGCUGUCGGAAGUGGAAAGCGCCCUUAUAACUCGAGGCGCCCCUAGCAGCGGCCUCGCGGCUCCCAGGGCCUACACAUCCGCCCUGGCUUUGUACACAGUCGGCGCUCUCCGUCGAUACCACUCCUGCCUUUUGUUGUGCGUGGAGCAGACGUCGGCCGUGUUCGAGCAGCUGUGCCGGCUGGUCAAGUGCGUGGUGAACCCCGGCGACUGCGGCUCGGCGGAGCGCUGCGUGCUCGCGCAGCUGCACGACCUGUACAAGGCGGCGGCGCACCUCUGCCACGCGCCGCACGCGGACACCUUCGCCAACGCCUACCCCAAGAUCAAGCAAGCAUUAUAUUCUCAAUUGCAACCGACCCCGUCGAACUACCCGUACAACGCCCAAUUUCUAAGCGAGUUUUUCACAAAUCCACGUAAAGGUAAAAUAGAAAUCGCGUGGGCGCGCCAGGUCGCCGAAUCUCCGGCUAACAGAUACAGCUUCGUAUGUUCGGCGAUGUUGGCCGUCUGUCGUGAAGUAGAUAAUGAUAGGGUGAACGAGCUGGGCGUGCUGUGCGCCGAGAUGACCGCGUGGUGCAGCGGCCUGGCGGCCGAGUGGCUGGGCGCGCUGGUGGCGCUGUGCGGCGCGCAGCACUACCCCGCCGCGCCGCAGAGCGCGCCCGCCGUGUGGCCCCUCUACCCGCACCUGCUCCACCACCACGACCUGCACGACGCGGCGGCGCACGACUCCCUGGCCGUCUUCACCUCCAUACUAGUCGCGCGCCACUGCUUCUCGCUGGAGGACUUCGUGCGGCACGCGGCGCUGCCGUCGCUGGUGAAGGCGUGCGGCGGCGGCGGCGCCUCCAACAACCCGGCCAACGCGCCCUCGCCCGACACAGGCGCCAGACUGACCUGCCACCUGCUGCUCAGGCUGUUCAAAACCGUCGACACCCCGCAACCAGGUCUGUACAGCGUGUCCACUUCGCCGGGGCCCGGCGGGGGCGCGGCGGGCGUGCGACUUUCCUGCGACCGCCAUCUACUGGCCGCCGCGCACAAGAACAUCGGCGUCGGUCCCGUCCUUGCCACGCUCAAGGCCAUACUCAUGGUCGGGGACUCGACGGCCCGAGACGGAGGCAAACCGAGCGGUAAAAAGUCGAGCGAGCUUUCACACAUCUUAGGUACAAGCGACACCGUUCCAACUGACGCCCAAUUGGACCUUAUGUCGAUGGUAGAUUCAGAGAUGAGUGGGGGCCAUAGAACGCCUAGAGGCAGCGGCGGCGUCGGCUCAACCUUACUAGACUCGUCGCAAUCGCUCUCCUCGCUAGCCAGGAGAGUGUUGGCAGAGAUCUGCUCCGAGGAGUGGGUGCUGCAGAAGUGCUUGCAGAACCAGGACGAGCUCUAUCAGCCCGACAUGUUGCUUGACUCAAUGCUCACGCCGAGACAGGCGCAGAGAUUGUUACACAUGAUUUGUUAUCCUGAUUCAGCGAGUCACACACAUCCUGAUCUCGACCAGAAGACCAUGAUUACUCGUUUGUUAGAGAACCUGGAGCAGUGGUCGUUGCGAAUGUCCUGGCUGGACCUGCAGCUGAUGUUCAAGCAGUUCCCCAGCGGCUCGUCGGAACUGAGCGCGUGGCUGGACACGGUGGCGCGCGCCGUCAUCAACGUGUUCCAGCAGCCGGCGCCGCCGCCGCCCGACAAGGACAGGACGGGCACCGAUAGGGGCGUGGUGAGCACGAGCAAGUGGUCGGAGUCGGUGUGGCUGGUGGCGCCGCUGGUCGCCAAGCUGCCCCCCGCCGUCCAGGGGCGGGUGCUCAAACAGGCCGGCCAGAUCCUGGAGAGCGGGUGGGGCGCGGCUUGCAGCGGGAACUGCUCGAGCGGCGGCGGAGGCGGAGGCGGAUCGCAUAGGGACUGCAAGAGCCACCAGAGUCCCAGCUACAAAGGUUCGGCGGGCGGUGGUGGGGGCGGCAAGAGGGGGGGGGGGGGUGGAGCCUGCGCGUGCGGCGGCGCCACCAGCGUGCGUCUCGCCAACGAGCCCCUGCUCUCGUUGGUGCUCACCUGCCUACGUAAUCAGGAUGACCAAAAGGAGAGCCUGCUGAGCUCGAUCCACGCGCAGCUGCAGCACUACCUGGGGCACGCGCGCGACCACGAGCGCUCCGCGUGCGGCGACGCGUGGCAGGACGAGCCGCCGCCCGAGGCGCUGCUGUUGCGCUUCUCGCUCGCCGGCGGCAUGUUCGACGCGAUCCGCCGCUCGUACCAGCUCACCUCCGACUGGGCGGUGCUGCUGACCCAGCUGGUCGCGCACCAGGUCGUCGACGCGUACAACAAUAGUCUGUGUCGCAGCAACCUGUUCACGACAUUGAUCGACAUGCUUGCCACUCUAAUACACUCGACGCUCGCCGAGGGCGGCGACGACAACAACCGCAAGCACUACCAGAACCUCAUGAAGAAGCUGAAGAAGGAGAUCGGGGAUAGGCACGGGCCCUCGGUGCAGAGCGUGCGGCAGCUGCUGCCAUUGUCCAAGAACACCAUCAUCGAGGUAAUCGCAUGCGAACCGUUGGGCUGCUUGGUGGACCAGAAAGGAAACAAAAUCUCCGGAUUCGAUAGUGACAAGAAACAUGGUCUCCGGCUGACGGACAAGCAACGGGUGUCAAGCUGGGAGCUAGUGGAGGGGGGGCGCAAUCCCGCGCCCCUCUCCUGGGCCUGGUUCGCCGCCACCAAGAUCGAGAGGAAGCCGCUCACGUACGAAAACGCUCAUAGGCUAUUAAAAUUCCACACGCACAGUUUAGUGAAGCCACAGACAUACUAUUUGGAAUCUCUGCCAAUACCACCGGAAGAUCUGGAGACUAAUGAUAAUAAACAGGAUAAUGGCAGCCUGGACUCCAGCCCGACGGGUGCUGGUAAAGGACGCAAGAUGCCCUGCAAGAACAACAAAGCCAAGAAAGCAAAAGUUACAACACCAACGAAUGGCGGCGCGGUGGUGGGCGGCGGCAGCGGCACGGUUGGCAUGGCGACGGCACCUGCCCAGCAGCCGCAGUUCAUGCAGUCACAGCAGCAGUGGUUCCCCCCACCGGGGCCCACCUACUACAAUCCAGCAGCUGCUGGUGCACUGAGCAACAUGCUUCGGCAACGAGUACCCUUCAACCAAAUGACUCAAAUGCAGAGCGGCGGAUAUCCCGGCGCGCCCCAUGCACGCGGUCCGUUCCCGAGACAAGGCAUGCGCCAAAUGCAACCAAACCAAAUGAAUCAAAUGCAGCCAAAUCAAAUGAAUCCAAUGAGCGCGAUGGGGAGCAUGGGCCCCAUGGGGCAGAUAGGCAAUGUCCAGAUGGGACCAGGACAAAUGGGCGCCGGGCAGAUGGGAAGCGGCCAAAUGGGUCAAGGCCAAAUGGGUGGCAAUCAGAUGGGGUCCGGUCAGAUGCCAGGGAUGGGUGGCCAAAUGUUUGGCGGGCAAUAUGGCGGAAUGCAGCAGGGCUACGGUGGCUACGGUCAGCAAAUGAUGCAAGGCGGACAACAGCAGAUGAUGAAUCAAGGCAUGGGUCAGAGUGUGAAUCAAAUGGGCCAACAAGUAAACCAAAUGGGUCAACAAGUAAACUCCAUUCCACAAAAUGUCGGUCAGAUGAGUCAGGGUGUUGGCCAAGGUGGUCAAAUGCCGCAGGGUAUGAGCCAGAUGAGCCAGAGCAUGGGUCAGAUGGGACAAGCGAUUGGUCAGAUGGGUCAGAUGGGGCAAGGCGGCGGUAUGGGAACAAUGAACAGUCAGGCCUCGUCAAUGGGACCACAAGGAGGAAAUGCCAUGGGUGGAUUCCCUGGCCAACAAUCAUUCCAACAGAACAUGAUGAGCGGUAGAGCGAGUCAGGAAGCAUUCCUAGCGCAACAAAGACAGAAUGCGCGACCACAGUACAUGCAGGCGCCGAACGUGACGAUGGGGGCGAUGGGCGGGCCGGCGCCGCCCUAUCCGCGCGGUAUGCAGCCGCAGCAGGGCGCUCAGUAUCAACAGCAGCUGACGCCUCAACUGCGGAUGCGGCAACAAAUGCUUGCCAUGCAGCAACAGCAGGGCCCGCUGGUGCAGCACCUGCAACGCCAGCAGUACCAGCCGCCAUAC